AUUGAGCACAGGGCAGUGAGUUGCUGCUACUGCUGGUACCAUUUCCAGUUGUGGCUUGCGACAGCAUUUCUCACCGCUCUCUCGUCUCGAUAUUCUCCCUCUUUCUUCAUCGUCUCCCGUCCAUCGCAGCAUUUCCGCCAUCAUGCUGACCCGUACCGUCAUCAAUCCCUGCGACCUUGCGCUCUCCUCUCUCCCCUGCCACCCCCCCCGCGCAUUCUCCCCUCCCCCUACCGCCGCUUUUGUCGCACGAUCAAGCGCGGGCUCCGCCUUCAAGGCAUGGCGGCUGUCGUUCAGCGACUCGGGGAAGCGGUAUGGCGGCCAAGCGACGACGACCAAGUCGCAGCUUCGCUUGGUGCGGGGUAGUGCGACCCGGGAGCAGGAGCAACAGCCACUUAGAACGCAGCAGCAGCGGCGUGAGCCGGAACCUGGGUGGGUUCAAUUCGCCGCCGAACGCUCCGUGUCUAUACCGUGCCCGCAAAUUCGCGUGCCAGCCACGGAAUGGCCAGCCGUCAGGCCUGCCGGCAGCGGUGCCGGUGACGGACAGGUGGUGAGCGUGGACGAGUAUUUGGCGGACGAGACGGAGAGGAUCGUGCGGGUGGUGUUUCCGGACUCUAAGCGGCUGGCGCGCGUGGAUGAAGACCUAUGGCGGGUGCUGAUGCGGCCCGUGACGUUCUUCAGCAUCAGCGCCACUCCCAUCUGCCUCUUAAGAGUGUACCACGACGGCACAUCCCUGCGUCUCUUCUCCAAUCAGCUGCAGCUAGAUUUCAUCGGCGCGCCCGCCGCCAUGCAAGAAAUCCCCUUCCGCCUCUCCCUUGACGGCCAGCUCACGCCCUCCCACUCCGCAUCUCCUGCCCCCUACUCCUCCCCCCCCUCCUCCGCCCCCUCGUCUGGAUCCUCCGCCUCUGCCUCUCUCCCCGCGGACUGCCUGCUGGGAGGUUCGGUGCAGCUGGGCUUUGCGGCGCGCCUGCCCAUGCCGCUCUCUCUGAUUCCCAGGCCGGCGGUUGAGGCGGUAGGCAAUGCUAUUAUGGACAGCGUGCUAGGGGUAAUGCAGGCGAGCCUGCUCAAUGGGCUGGUAAGCGACUAUACGUUAUGGGCUAAUGAAGAGGUUUUGAAGAGGGUUGGAGAUGCAGCUGCUGCUGUUGGAAGGGGGCAUGGUAGUGUGGAUGGUGUUCCAGCAACCAUGGGCCCACAAGCAGCUGAUGAGAAGAACGGGGCCUGACUGGAUCGUUAGGAGUUUUAGAAAAAAGAAUUUAUUGCGACUUGUUUGAGCAGAUUGCGUUAUGCUUUGAUGGCUGCUGCUCCAAUGCUUGUUUACCUUGAGUUGGCUUUCACUUGUAUAUUGCGUGCUGGAAAAGCAGCCGACCCCCACCAGUCAGUCUCACAGCCGAUCUUGGUCAAUUCCCCUCCCCCAACCAAUCCCCCAAGCAACUGAUCUCCGCAAAUGGACGCUGACGAUUGGGAUGACCGGGACGCUGGCGGGUUCGGCGGCUUAGACUCAGUGUCCGCGCGCCCGCCGCGCAGAGACGAGAGCGGGCACGCCCGCGCGAGUAGAUGGGGGCCGGAGAAGCGCGACGGCGGGGAAAGCCGCGACGACAGGGCUGGGCGUGGCGAUGG